AUGGAGAUGGAGGAAAUUCUAAGGGCUAAGCUUUCUACUAUCAAUGAAGAGCCAGAAAUGUGUGAAGAGAAUCUAGCAUCACCAAGACACAUGAGGAUUGCUAAGAAGCAAGGGAAGAAGAAUAAAGCCGGACGUUGUUUAGUACCUCAUGUUAAUCUUAAGCAGUCUUAUGUUUUGUUUAUUAAUGGGUUUGUUUCAAAAAUUGUGGCAAAAACUGAGCUUGCUCUUCUCUAUGUCAAACCAUCUUCAGCUAUAUACUCCCUUGAUUUCGCAGCGUAUAUAUUUUUCAGUGAAACAAUUGAUGCUUUGGAAAGAUAUAGUACACAGUUAGCUAAAUUAGUGAUGAGAAGAGCUGAAACUAUUUGCAGAAACUUUGAUGCUACUAAUAUAAAUAUUGAGAAAGUAGUUGGCACUGGAGAAGCCAAGAGUGUUAUAAGCAACGCAGUGAAGAAACAAGAGGUUGACACCUUAGUUGGAAGUGUGAGUGAUUACUGUGUCAAGAAUGCAAAAUGUUCUGUUGUCAUUGUGAAGCAGCCAUAG